AUGGAAAUGUCGAAAUGUUUAUGUCUUAUGAUUAUUGCUGUGAUUGUUAUUGCAAGUAAUGCAUCGGUAUUUCGAGAAAGACGCGGUGAUAAUAAAUGGAACGGUAACAAUGGUCAAAAUAGCGGAUCUCCACAAACAUAUAAUGUAUACCCAACAAAUACUUAUACUAAUACUGAAACGAGCAACAGCGACACAUCAAAUAAAUGUCAAAGUGGUCAAAAUAUCUGUUGUAAUAAUCAAGCUGAUUCAACUACGAAUGGUCGCCGAAAAAGACAUUCCGGUUCGAGCAAUGGCCGUUCGAACAAUGGUAACGCUAUCAAAGUCAUCCAUUCCCAAACUAAUCAACAACAUACAUGUUAUAAUUAUGCAACAAAUGGUACCACUGGUGAUCAAACUACAGGAUGUAGUACAAAUCAAAGUUGUUGUCAAGGAAAUACCAGUGGUGGUAGUGUUGCUAGUAUUUCAUGUUCAUCAGUUUCUCUUCCUAGUAACUAA